ACAACAGCCAACCAAGUCAAUCCCAAGCCAACCCCCGGAAGGUCUGAUUUCUCGCCUUCCUCAGAGAGGGGCAUGGCAUCGAACAGCAUCUUCGAUUCCUUCCCGACCUACUCGCCAACCUUCAUCCGCGACCCGAGCACCAGCCGCCGCUUCACACCUCCCUCCACGGCCUUCCCCUGCGGCGGCGGCGGCGGCGGCGGCGGCAGCGGCGGCGGCAAGAUGGGCGAGAACAGCGGCGCGCUGAGCGCGCAGGCGGCCGUGGGGCCGGGCGGGCGCGCCCGGCCGGAGGUGCGCUCGAUGGUGGACGUGCUGGCGGACCACGCGGGCGAGCUCGUGCGCACCGACAGCCCCAACUUCCUCUGCUCCGUGCUGCCCUCGCACUGGCGCUGCAACAAGACGCUGCCCGUCGCGUUCAAGGUAGUGGCGCUGGGGGACGUGCCCGAUGGAACAGUGGUGACCGUGAUGGCUGGCAAUGAUGAGAAUUACUCUGCGGAGUUGCGUAAUGCCUCGGCGGUCAUGAAGAACCAGGUGGCCAGGUUCAACGACCUUCGCUUCGUGGGCCGCAGUGGGCGAGGGAAGAGUUUCACACUGACCAUCACCGUGUUCACCAACCCCACCCAAGUGGCCACCUACCACCGAGCCAUCAAGGUGACCGUGGAUGGACCCCGAGAACCCAGACGGCACCGGCAGAAGCUGGAGGACCAGACCAAGCCAUUCCCUGACCGCUUCGGGGACCUGGAACGGCUGCGCAUGCGAGUGACGCCGAGCACGCCCAGUCCCCGUGGCUCGAUCAGCACCACCAGCCACUAUAGCAGCCAGGCCCAGACCCCCAUCCAAGGCACCUCGGACUUGAACCCGUUCUCCGACCCCCGCCAGUUUGACCGCUCCUUCCCAGCGUUGCAGACGUUCACGGAGAGCCGUUUCCCCGACCCCAGGAUGCAUUACCCCGGGGCCAUGCCGGCCGCCUUCCCCUACAGCGCCACGCCGUCGGGCAGCCUCAGCGUGGCCAGCAUGCCCACCACCGGCCGCUUCCACCACACCUACCUCCCGCCGCCCUACCCGGGGGCCCCGCAGAACCAGAGCGGGCCUUUCCAGGCCAACCCGUCCCCCUACCACCUGUACUACGGCGCGUCCUCCGGCUCCUACCAGUUCUCCAUGGUGGCCGGCAGCAGCAGCAGCGGGGGCGAGCGCUCCCCGACCCGCAUGCUGGCCUCCUGCACCAGCAGCGCCUCUGUCGCCGCGGGCAACCUCAUGAACCCCAGCCUGGGCGGCCAGAGCGACAGCGUGGAGGCGGACGGCAGCCACAGCAACUCCCCUACCGCCCUGAGCACGCCGGGCCGCAUGGACGAGGCCGUGUGGCGGCCCUACUGACCCCCCCGGGGUCCAAGCAGAUGGCUCCCGGCGGAGGCAGGGAUCCCACGAAACUUCCGGACAAGUGGCUGGCCCGGCUCCGAAGCUCCAGGCAGGAGUGGGACUUAUCGCUCCAGGCCAGUCAUGGGCGCAGCGGCCACAAGGCCUGGGGCCUAGAGCUGGUGGGCGGCUCUGAGAGCAUCCAGUCCAGCCACGUCAUUGUACAGAUAGGUAGGGACCUCCCUCAGGACGCUGCCCCUAGCCCAGACCCUCCUCAUCUCAUCCCACAUUCCUGUGGGAAGCUUAUCCUCCUGCCGCGCCCCCAGAAUGACCUGGCUCUCCCCAGCCAUGCCCGGUGCUAUCACAGGGCCCAGGGCCCCUGGGGCAGAGACCAUCUCUGUUCCAGAGAGAGGUGGCUUUUGCCCACACGGCUUGGCCUCUGACCCACGGGGCCCUGGAAAGACCUCCCCACCCGCUCCCCUUCCUCAGAGACCCUGUACCCGUGGGCCCAGCCCUUCCUUAGCAUUUAUGCAAAUUGAAUCAGAACUGGAAGGUCUCUCCACCCCUGAAAGGGUUUUCCUUCAUUGUAUAGAUGGGGGCAGGGUCCAUCCAAGGGCCCCUGGAAGUCACUGGCAGAGAUGGGAUGAGAAUACCCUCAAGCCAGUCUCCCCACCCCGCCGCCCUCGCUCCCUACCCAUGGCCCCGAGACCUACCCCUGCCAGCUCUGCUUCCCUAGAGUUCCUAACAGCCGAAAGCUCCCAUCCUGUCUCAGCUAUCUGCGGGUCCCAGGCCCCACAGGAGACUAGCCAAUGGCAGCAGGUCCCUAAAACCAGGAAAAACACCUGCAGACAGGUCCUCCGUGCACUUUACCAGCCCAAGGCGUUUGCCCUCUGUUCUCUUGGUGGAGGGCCAAAGAUCCCCCCCUACCCUUGCCCCCAGGCUGGUCUCAGAAUUGCCAUUUGUGGAAAGAGCACGGGGCUCAGAGAGGUCCUGACAGCAGAAGGCAUUGGUGAGAGGUCACAGGGUCAGUUUCAGCUUCCCUGUCCCACCUUGGUCCAGCCAAGCUGUGCACACUCCCCAACCCCAGCCUUGUGGGCCGGCCCGGUCAGAUCUUCUAGCCUCUAACAGCAUUCCAUCUUGAACCGGUCUGGGCUCCAAAAGCAGGCUUGGACAGAAACCAGUUUUUAAAGCUGAUUUUAGAAUAAGAAACAUCAAAUAUUUUCAAACCCACGGACUCUUAGAGGUAAAGCCCUGCAGUAGCGAACAGCAUCCUCUCUGCCUUCUGGGAGUGGCAUUGUCAGGCCCUCCGGCAUCCCACCAACUCCCACCCAAGGGCCCAUGUUGGUGGGGACCCAAGGGAACCCCAGGUGACACUAGAACUCACAUCUGCGGCUCUCAGAUACCCACCCAAGAGGAAGUAGAGAGGUGGGGUGCCGGGGUGGCUGCAGAAGGGCCGGCCAGCACCUCAGCUCGGCACAGCCCCUGGCCUCAGGGAGGAAAGUGUUGCCCCUUUAGUUUGCAGACAGGAAAGCAGGACUUGCCCGGGGCUUCAGGCUACACAGAUACUCGAGUCUGAGUUUAGUUCAAAAAAGGCACAAGUGGAAAAGGACAAGAAAACCUGUCAGGGCUAGACAGCAUGUAACGUGUGGUUUUCAGUCAUUGUUUCAGCCACAUCCUCUGUGGAUAUGACAACCUUCCCUCCUCCAUCGUCGUCUCUGUGAGAGCUCUCUGCCAGCCACGCCACACACACCCCCGCCCCCAACCUGAAACAGAGGGCAGGUGAUGUGCCCGGCUAUGCACUCUGGAGAGUUAGGAAGUCCUUCUGGUGAUCUUACACCCAGCCCGCUGCAGUUUCUCUGGGCCUGUCCUCACUGGAAAAAAAACAGUCUCCAUCUCAAGAUAGCUGCUGGGGUGUCCUGCUGACUCCCCACACGCAGGGGGGGGUCCCCACCCCUUCUCAGGAAGCAGCUGCAAAUCCAUUGCCCUGGUCCCCUCCCCCCCC